GGGGUGCACAUGACACGACUGCUUCCGCGUUUCUUCUCGGCGACGCACCCCACACACGCACACACACACCUCCAUUCGCUCCCCGCCACACAACACGAGAAACCCCCCACCCUUCGCUCGCCGCCGCCGCCGCCGCCUUCCGCCGCCUCGAACCGGACCAACCAACGACGGCUCGCUUCCCUCCGAGGCGGUAGGCCACCUCCUCCCGGCGGCUCCCCCAUCUGGCCGCCCGGCGCCGAGCUGGGGAUCCAUCCGCCCGCGAUUCCUCUCGCCGGUUUGCUCUCCAUUGCCAGCUGCCGGUGGCCAUGGAUGACGGGGACCUCGAUUUCUCCAACCCGGACACAUUCCUCUGCCCGGCCGUCGGUGGUGCUGACCCCGACGGCAGCUGCUCCAUGGACAGCUAUUUCGACGACAUCCUCAAGGAUACGGAGCACCAUGCAUGCACCCACACCCACACCUGCAACCCGCCUGUGCAUGACCUCUCACACACCCACACCUGCGUCCAUGUCCACACCAAGAUCGUCUCCGCCCCAUCCGACACUCCGUCGGAUGCUGCCGAGACCGCCGAGUCCCCGACGGAGAACAAUGCCUCCAAGAAGCGGCCGUCGGGUAACCGUGCCGCUGUGAGGAAGUACAGGGAGAAGAAGAAAGCUCACACUGCCUCGCUGGAGGAGGAGGUUGUUCAUUUGAGGGCUCUAAACCAGCAGCUCAUGAAGAAGCUCCAGAACCAUGCCACGCUCGAGGCAGAGGUAUCCAGGCUGCGGUGCCUGCUCGUUGAUAUUAGAGGAAGGAUUGAAGGGGAGAUUGGGGCUUUUCCUUAUCAGAGGCCAGUGAAGAACAUCGAUUUGGUUUCUAGUGUUGAUCAGGGAAGUUAUCUUGGUGGUGCCCAGGUUAUGAACUCCUGUGACUUUCGAUGUGCCGACCAGAUGUAUUGCAGUCCAGGGAUGCAGGUGAGAACAAUGGGCGAGGAUGGCGCUGUGAGUGGUCAGGUGUUGGGGCAAGGUGCCUGUGAUAUUGCCAGUAUCCAAUGCCAAGGUGCAAAAUCUGGAUCUGCAAAGCUCCCAGUCUGUGGGGCUAUGGGUACGAUGCCUGUCGGCUGUAUGCCAAAUUCUGAAAAGAAAUGAAGGAUCCCCAUCGCCAAGACUUCAAGUCAGGGCAUUCAAGAAACAUCGCAUAAAUUGCUAGCGUCUAUCUCUAGGAAUGUGUGUGAUUCUGUCGCCGAUGAUGCUUCCACAGUGCCUGAGGCGAUUUAAGUUCGUUAGCUAUGAAGCUAUCAGUAUGUCCUCUAGUUUGCUUAGCUUUCCCUCCGUUUUUUUCUUGAUGUUGGAAAUGGACAAUAUUGCUGCUAGUGACUCCCAAAUGCUCCCUGAUAAAAAACUUAAAGAUUCAGCAUCAUUGUUUUAUGCCAGGAUACAUGUCCAGAUUUGGCUAGGCCUCAAGUUUUGAUGUGAAUCUCUUGUAAAUACAUCAUGUAUGAAAUCUUUGUAGUAACAUGGAUUCAAUCAUUGUUUGGAUGUUCCAUCGAUUUUUUAAUUAAUCAAUAUGUUGCGUUA